AUGCGCGCCUUCGCGCAGUGGUUCGGCGGCUCGCCAAGCGCCGAGCGCAGCAGCCGCGCUUCGCCGUCGCCUCGCCCGAGCGACGCCGAUAGCCUCCUGUCUCCGCUCUCCGCCUGCGCCAUCGACCAACGUUUGGACACAGAGAACAGCUGGAGGAAGGGCGAGCUCGUCUACCACGUCGCGGCCACCCUGACGCUGCCGAGUGGAGAGCGCAUCGUGCACGGCGAGCAGGGCAGGGUGGAAGGAAUCACUCCCGUGCUCGGCGAGAACUCCGUCCAGGUCCGCUUCUCGCGCGAUGCCAUCUCGCUCCCUCCAGCGAGGGCCGCGGUGGAGCUGUCGCGCGAGCCGCCGCCGCCCCUAGCGGGCGGCUAUCGGCCCGGCGACGAGCUGUACUACACCCACGUCGGCCUCGUCACCACCGAGGGCGGCCGGUUCCGGCUCGAGCACGCCUCGCGCGGAGAGGUGAUCGGGCCGGCAACGGCGCCGUCGCACGUUGGAAAGGGCGUCAAGAUGCGCUUCCCCGCGGCGGCGUGGCGCGGGAGCGAGACGGAGCUCAGCCAGCGCCGGGACGUCCUCGAUGGAAGCCACGUCCUCCCGGCGCUGGUCGACAAGUCGGGGGGAGGCGGAGCCGCAGGCCCGCCCGGGCUGGCCGACCUCUACUUGACGUCGGUGUCUCGAGAGCCGCCUCCGCCGCUGGUCGGGGGCUACGUCCUCGGCGAGCAGGUCUUUUUCGUCGGCGCGUCCGAGAUGGCGGGCCAUGGCUCGCUCACGGCGGACUGCAGCCUCUCGCACGGCCAGCUGGGGGAGGUCGUCGGACCCGCCUCCUCGCUCAAGCGUGCGACCGACAGCGUCGCGAUGCUCUUCCCCGGCAACGCGCGCUUCGUCAACUGCCGCCUCUCCAGCCUGUCGCGGUCGGCGCCUCCUCCGCUGCCGGGAGGGCACACCGUCGGCGACUCGCUCUACUUUCUCGGCGCCGACAAGGCGUUUGACAGCGGCAACAAGCUGACGCACGGCGCGCUGGGCACGGUGAUGGGGCCGGCCCCGGUAGGCAGGGCCGACUCUCUCUCCAUGCUCUUCCCGGGCAACACGAAGAACGUGACCUGCACGAUCGCCAACCUCUCGCACGCGCCUUGCCGGUCGAUCGAGGGCACCUCCUCCGGCGAUCUCUUGUCCAUGGUGAUACUGGCGAUGGAUUUGGGCGAGUACCGGCGCGCGCUCGACAUGGUCGACGAGGUCGUGUCGCGGAGCGACGACCCCCCCGCGAUGGUGCUCUUGCUCCGCACCCAGGCGUGCUCCCACCUGGACAUGCCCGAGCGGACGGCGCGCGAGGCGACUGCGUGCCUCACGCACACCGACCUCGACGAGGAGGAGUUCAACAGCCCCUUUUCGGCGGCAGAGUUCAGGGUCCAGUGCCGCAGCCUUCGCGCCGGCGCGCUCGCGGAGCUCGGCCAGUGGCGGCGCGCGCUCGACGACCUCGCCCAUAUUCCCGCCGCUAGCCGCGACGCGAGCACGCUGCUGGUCGAGCCGCUCGCCUACCUCAAGAAGAGCCAAGAGGCAUACCUGCUCCUGCUCAGCUGCUUUGUCAAGACGACCGAGACCCCGUCCGAAGACAUCCAGGCGGUGCAAGCGUGCGCCGCAAUGCUCGCCUCCGCGCUGGCCGACAUCUCUGAGGCGAUUGGCGACACGCUGCUCGAGCGGACCCCAAACGGCGGCACCGCUCCAAUGCUCGACAUCUGCGCCAUCCAAGAGGUCGCCCUCGCUCAGGGAGUCGACACGCUGGACGCGGCGGUCGAAGGCUGCCCGGAGAGCCAGCCGAUGGCGCGCGCGCACCUGCUGCACUGCCGCGGCCACGCACAGACGCUGCUCGGCGGCGUCUGGGCGGUGGAGGGCGACGACGACUACGCGGUCGAGUGGUUCGAGGCUGCGCUGGGAGACUUCUCCGCCGUGCUCGAGAUGCCUCCGAGCGCCGUGUCGAAGCCGUGCCGCGCGUCUCCUCUCCUCGGUUCGAUCGUGUGCCAGCUGGCGCUGCGAGACCGCGCUUCGGCACGCGAGGCGCUGCGGCAGCUGCGCGCCCUUGGACUGCUCGAGGCCUCCACCCGCGGCUCGGGAUACGCCUACCUGACGGCCAACGUGAGGCAGUUCUUGGCGGAGGAGGAGCACGCGGCGGAGAAGAAGGCGGCGGCGAACGCGGCGCAGCUGAUUCGGGAGGAGGAGCGGGCCAAGGGGGGGAGGAGGGCGGCAGCGGAAGCCGAGCUGGAGUCGUGUCUCGGCCUCGACGGCGAGGGCCGCCCCCCGCUGCAGCGCCUGGAUGAGCUGGAGGCCGUCAUUGGGAUCACCCCCAGCGCUAUUGGGAUGGUGCCGCGCCUCCAGGCGCUCAGCGUUUGGGCAAAGUCAGCGGGAAUCCUGACGUAA